UCUGAGCCCGGAUUUAAUUCCUCUAAACCCCCAGCUGCCGCCCUGCUUACUCACGGAGCUCCGCAGCCUGCACCGGGUUUUAAUAAUUCACCAGCCCGCCCUGCGCUGCUGCUGCCCGGCUUGGAGGACCAGCGGGACGGACCCCCUCACUGCGGUUCUUCUCCGGAUCUCUCCGCUGUAACUUCCCGUGUAAAGGAGCAGGUGGAGGAAGGAAAACCCGAAGCAGGAGCGGAAAGGAAAGAGGAAGCGUCACGCAGGAGCAACAGCUGAUCCGAAGAGCGCGUAACUCCGGAUCUGUCACUCGGGUUUAGUCGGUGAGUGUGUCGGUGGUGCAGAGCGCGCGGGAUAUUACCGGAACCGGGACAGACUGCAGAGAGAGAGAGAGAGAGAGAGAAAGAGAGAGAAGAGGGAGGCUUUUCAUGGAGAUAUCCCGAGUUCUAAAGCACCUUGCAUUGGAUUAAACCGCGCUGUCGUGGUGUGGCUGAAAGGAGACGGUUAGAAACCAGAAAAUAAAAUGCACACCGGGCUCCAUUAGGGCUGUUUUGCUUCCGGUAUAAUAAGGCCAAGCAGCAGCAGGAGAACAAGAAGAGGAAGAAGAAGAAGAAGAAACGACAAGAGAACUUUCUCUCUCCCACUUUUUUUUUUUUUUGGAAGCUGAACUUUUGAGAGCGGAAAAUGGGUCUUUGAGAGAGUUUGGCACAUUUCCCUUCACCACAAUGGCGACCGAAACCUUUCUGUUGAACGAAGAACCCUCCAGAGGUCCGGGGAUGCCUGAAUGCUUUGUAGUGUCAGACUCGUACCGGUAUUACCCUACUCACCUUCUAAACAAUGCCUUAGUGGAUGAAUUUCACCCCUUCAUCGAGGCCCUCCUGCCCCAUGUCCGUGCCUUCUCCUACACCUGGUUCAACCUGCAGGCCCGCAAGCGCAAGUACUUCAAGAAGCACGAGAAGAGGAUGACGAAGGACGAAGAGCGCGCGGUGAAGGACGAGCUGCUGGGAGAGAAGCCGGAGAUCAAGCAGAAGUGGGCGUCGCGCCUGCUGGCCAAACUCCGCAAGGACAUCCGGCCCGAGUUCAGAGAGGACUUUGUGCUCACCAUCACGGGGAAGAAGCCCCCCUGCUGCGUGCUGUCCAACCCCGACCAGAAGGGCAAGAUCCGCCGCAUCGACUGCCUGCGCCAGGCCGACAAGGUGUGGCGCCUGGACCUGGUGAUGGUCAUCCUGUUCAAGGGCAGCCCGCUGGAGAGCACGGACGGGGAGCGGCUGGUCAAGUCGCCGCAGUGCUCCAACCACGGCCUGUGCGUCCAGCCGCAUCACAUCGGGGUCGCCGUCAAGGAGCUGGACCUCUACCUGGCCUACUUUGUCCACUCGCCAGAACAAUCAGGACAAUCAGACAACUCAAACCAGCAGGGGGACACAGACGUGAAGCCCCCCCCCAACGGUCACUUGAGUUUCCAGGACUGCUUUGUGACUUCAGGGGUUUGGAACGUGGCGGAGCUGGUCCGAGUGUCACAGACCCCGGUUGCUACAGCGACCGGUCCGAACUUCUCCCUGGCCGACCUGGACAGCCCCGGAUAUUACAACAUCAACCAGGUGACGCUGGGCCGACGCUCCAUCACCUCCACCCCCUCCACCAGCUCCAACAAGCGUAAGUCCAUCGACGACAGCGAGAUGGAGAGUCCGGUGGACGAUGUGUUCUACUCGGGUCGAUCCCCGGCGGCCGGCAGCAGCUCUCAGUCCAGCGGCUGGCCCAACGACGUGGACGCAGUGCAGCACCAUUUGGCCAGUGUGCAGGAGAGGAAGAUUAAGCAUGAGAGCGAUGGAGUGCAGUUUCCUUACCAUGGACUCUCAUCGCCUGGUUCUCUUAAGAAGCCGGGGAAAUUCGAUUUCAGCGCCCUGUCCUCCCAGACCAGGCACCCCCGCAUGGCGUUCACCCACCACCCACUGCCAAUGCUGGCGGGAGUGAGAUCAGGGAGUCCCCGAGCUUCAGCCUCGGCGUUGCACUUCCCGUCUCCCUCCAUCAUCCAGCAGUCCAGCCCCUACUUCACCCACCCAACCAUCCGAUACCACCACCACCCUGGACAGGAUCCCCUGAAGGAGUUUGUGCAGUUUGUCUGUGCUGACGGAUCAGGGCAGGCAUCCGGACAGCCAAACGGGAGCGGCCAGAGCAAAAUGCCGGGCUCCUUCUUGCUGCCUCCACCUCCCCCAGUGGCCCGCCCAGUGCCCCUCCCCAUGCCCGACUCUAAACCCAACAGCACGCCCCCCGACGGCGGACUCUCCUCGCCCGCAUCUCCGUCAUACUCCACGCCAGGCGCCACAGCUCCCAACAGGUUUGUCGGCAUCGGAUCACGGGACAACAACUUUCUGAACAUCCCGCAGCAGACGCAGUCUUGGUUCCUCUGACAAGAUCUGUGCACAAACCAGCAACUAGAGAUCUUUCUUUACAAUCGGAAAUAAGAAGAGAGAGAUAAAACCUGUUCUCCAACAAACCCACCGACCUGACAGUACCUGAUAUUUUAGGAAAUAUAACCCGAAGCCACGCAGGAAAACCACAGCAGCUUUUCAGAGGAGGGAGGACCCGAUGGAGAGGGAGCGACGGAGAGGAAAAGACGAAUGGAUGGACAUGAGGACGCCGGGAUGAAGCACAACUGAGGAGGGGGAAGCGGCGUCCUUUACUUCGUGAGGAUGUGUCGUAAAGAACGGCGAGAAAACAAAACCAGGUUUCUCACAGUCCCCCUGCGUUGCAUCCACCGAUGAAAGCUGCAGUCCUGUGACGUCCCCCAAAUUGACCCUCUGAAAGACUCUACAAAGUCCCUUUUUACCCUGCUACUAACUAGAGAGAGACCAUGCCAAAACGUAUCUCCAUUAAGGGUUGCACUAGAAGCCGAAUCAAUUAACACUAAUCCUAACGAUGUGCACUAUUUACCUGCGAGGUGAACCCGCCCGGUGAGAGUUUUAAAGAGGAAACAACUGAGGUACACGAAGCCUGCACGAGUCCUCGACCCCCUCAACAAAUCAUUGGCCUCCGCUCAUUGUCCCUGCACAAACACACACACACACACACACACACACACACACACACACACACACACAGUUGCCCAGUUUUAGUUUGUAGUAUCCACAGGUGGUGUGUUAUCAUAUUCGACACACACUAACUCACUAACUAUUCAAUUUGAUAUCCACACACACACACACACACACACACACACUGAUAAUCCCAGUGUGUGUGUGUGUGUGUGUGUGUCUGUACAUCAGUACUGACAGUGACUUUAGACAGCAGCUAUUGGUUCCCCUUUGCCCUCUUGUUGUGAUGUAGAUGAAUGAUUUUGUUAUCUCGUGUGUGUUCUCUUAUUUGAAUUUAUUCCUUUUGGAUUUGUACUAUUUUUUAAUUGUUUUGUAUUGAAUGACAGCACCUUAUAGAGAAACACAGUGGGAUGUCGAGGCGGUGCAGACAGGGUGGCAGCUGACCCGGGUCAAAGACAGUUUGGCUUUUCGGAAAUUUGGGAUUUUCACCAAGAGUUAGACGAGAAGAACGAUACCACUCGCAUCUGUACAUGAGAUACGAAGCUAAGAUGAACAGCUGGUUAGCUUAGCAUAAAGGUGGGAAACGGGGCCUGGCAACACUCAAUAUUCUACAAAGAUCCUUACAAAUCAGCUAAAGUACAUUUCCAAUACUCAUGGACUUAUAUCACUUUAUGAAAAGAAAGGAGUCCAAUAUUCGGAAUAACAAAUCUCUCCUAAAGAAACAGGUUGAGUAGCCUUUACAAUAUCAAUACCCUUUAAUAACUCACCAUUUAAAUAGAAAUAAAUUAUUGACACAUAUUGGAGGUAAAUAUGUAUUCAAUGAUAUUUUGUAGUUUGCUUUAAUCGCUGUGCUAAAUUUGAUAACUUAGCUUCCUAGGGCCCAUGCACACUACAGUUAGCAUAAACGUAGCCGUGCUAAUUGGUUUAUGUUUGCCCAGAGCUAGGCUAGCUGUUUCCUGCCCGUUUCCAGUCUGUGCGCUAAGCUAAGCUAACCGUCCGCUAGCUGCCUCUUCACCACUAUGCGAGUGGCGUCCAACUUUCCAGCUAAAAAGUUCCACACGGUCAAACUGGGGUGAUAUUUCUCAGUACCAGAUGGACGACCACACACUGCAGGGUUUUGACAAUCACAGGAAGAUUAUUCUCUGGGGGAAUUUACCUGCUGAACCACGCAGAUACUCAGCGGUUGAGCCCGGGUCAGGCUGCCGGCGGCGGUGAUAGACAAACCGAACCGAGGAGGGAAGGUUGCUGAAGACAGGACGCAGAGAGGGGAAAGAGAGUAGCUCUUCUUCUUCUUGCUCCUGGAAAAGUUUACCCUGAUGUUUACACUCCCAGACGGGCCGAUGCUCCAAGAGCAGAGGGGCCACACUGCGGAGCAAAAUAUGAAUAUGUGACAUAUCUGAGCGGAGCGAGGGCCUCUGAGGCUGACGGUGGACGAUCACACGUGUGCACAAAUCUGAUUUGAUGCACAGGAAAGGAUUUCCCCCCCAACACACACACACACACACACACACACACCAGCACUCCCCCUAUUGAGUGGUGCAGGGAUGAAAAAACCUGGUAGUUAGUUAGCAUUUUUAGCGCUUUCUGUUCCCUCGUCUGGAAGGUUUUUAAAUCAAAAAAGGUCUGUGGUUAACACGAGAGAUUUUAAUUGUACGACAUAAAACACGUCAGCAAACGGCAGUUGCUAACGUCAAAAGGCUAAACAUUAGCCACCUUUAGCUUAGCGGUGGUGACGCAAAGUCUUGUGAUCUUAGCUUAUUAUUUGGGAGAUUCAUUUAAGCUAAAACCAUUAUAAAGUAGUCGGUAAAUAUCUGUAAAUACCCCACUGGUGGAUUUAAAGCGUUUAAAUGAGACGACGAAACGUUAUCACGCCCAACAUUAGCCUCCUUUAGCUUAGCUGUGGUGACCUGAAGUCAUGUGACCGUGCUGUAGUUCCUUUAUAGCCCAACAUUAGCCUCCUUUAGCUUAGCGGUGGAGACCUGAAGUCAUGUGACCGUGCUGUAGUUCCUUUAUAGCCCAACAUUAGCCGCCUUUAGCUUAGCGGUGGUGACCUGAAGUCAUGUGACCGUGCUGUAGUUCCUUUAUAGCCCAACAUUAGCCUCCUUUAGCUUAGCGGUGGUGACCUGAAGUCAUGUGACCGUGCUGUAGUUCCUUUAUAGCCCAACAUUAGCCUCCUUUAGCUUAGCGGUGGUGACCUGAAGUCAUGUGACCGUGCUGUAGUUCCUUUAUAGCCCAACAUUAGCCUCCUUUAGCUUAGCGGUGGAGACCUGAAGUCAUGUGACCGUGCUGUAGUUCCUUUAUAGCCCAACAUUAGCCGUCUUUAGCUUAGCGGUGGUGACCAGAAGUCAUGUGACCGUCCUUUAUAGCCCAACAUUAGCCUCCUUUAGCUUAGCGGUGGAGACCUGAAGUCAUGUGACCGUGCUGUAGUUCCUUUAUAGCCCAACAUUAGCCGUCUUUAGCUUAGCGGUGGUGACCAGAAGUCAUGUGACCGUCCUUUAUAGCCCAACAUUAGCCGUCUUUAGCUUAGCGGUGGUGACCAGAAGUCAUGUGACCGUGCUGUAGUUCCUUUAUAGCCCAACAUUAGCCGUCUUUAGCUUAGCGGUGGUGACCAGAAGUCAUGUGACCGUCCUUUAUAGCCCAACAUUAGCCGUCUUUAGCUUAGCGGUGGUGACCUGAAGUCAUGUGACCGUCCUUUAUAGCCCAACAUAGUUUAGCUAAAUGUUUCUUUGUCACAUAGAUUAUUUUCUGCGAUAAAUCCCAGUGGAUUUUGGUGGAGGGAACCAGGGAGAUGCUAACUUCCGGGUACGUCCUCCCUGCACCACUGUUGUGAAUCGAUGAGCCCUUAAUGAUCAAAACUGCACUAAAACAAUCAUACCAGCCAACACACGCAGACGGACCGGCGCUCAGCAGAGCACACGUCACCUCUUAGACACACACACGUCAGCAAAGACCACUCACUAUUAACGCCCCCCGUGCAAUUCAAAGGGAAGUCUUAAAAAUAGACAAUCUGAGGAGGCCUUUUAUGCUUUUUAUAUCAUUCGCCCACGACAUAAUAUUCAGUUAUUUCCUGUUAAAUCACCCAACCUCACUAAAUAACUGGACUGCCUGGCCAUGUUCUUCACUGCAGGGAAACACGACAUAGUGACCAUCUCUCCGGAGAGACUGAUUUCUUUUCUAAUCUAUGGAAGUGCCUCUGUAUUCCCAUUAUGCAAUUUGUCAAACAUGAAUUCAGGUUCUUUUUUCUCACAUAUAAGCUAUAGUGAAAGGUGAAAAAACAUGUAUGUCAGGAGCGACAUGGGGGGGAGGGGGUGGGGGGGGUGACAGCUCACUAGAUCAUCUUUAUAUAUAAUACACAUAUAUAUUUAUAGAUAUAUACAUUUUGUUUUUAUUUGCAAGAUAAGCUCUGUGGCAGUCUAGUUAUUUUUUGAAGCAUGGCGCACAUCGCAUCUGUAAAACCCGCUGAUAGAGUCUCUAAAGCCCACCGGAUAAGAUAAAACCCAACCAGGACAGUGAUGAAGCGAGGAGAAACGGUUUGUUGUUUUCUUUGUUUUGAUGGGAAGUAUUGUUGUUGACAUGAUGUAUGUUGAUUGAGCCAUGUGCAAUGCCUUGGUAGAGGAAUUGUGUUUGUUUGUUAGCGAUUGUUUGAGGGUGAGAAAAGAGGGAAAGCCCCUCGACGGUUUCCUUUUUAGUUUUAAGUCCACGAGCUCCGGGACUCUAAAUACGAGGGCGGUAAAAAUAUCCCAGUCUUUGUACGUACGUAAGUUCGGGGUAAAAUGUUUUUAAUUGUUGUUUUUUCCUCUUUUUUUUAUGCAAAUUCUUUUAUUUCUUAUGAUUUUCAAAAAUGUGGGAGGGCUGAAGGAACAAUUUUGCAACUCAUAAAAUAUAUAUCACUAUGAAACCUGGUGCUUUCGUAAAAAUAAUAAAGUACAUUCAAUCUCUAUUAUACAUAAAUAUUAAGCAAAUUUUAGGAAAACAUGCAUUAUUCUAUUUCUCUUUUGUUUUGUAUUUACCGAGGGGGGAGGGGUUCAUUCAUGUGACAAAAGGCAUUUUUCCCCCCCAACCUUUUUACACCACGGAGGAAAAUCGCAUAAGUCUGUGGGACGAGUUUUUUCCCAAAUCUGGGAUAUCGGUGUAUAGGGAGAGGGAAUCAGCCAGUCAUUGAGGUCACCAAUUAAAGUGAACCCCCCCACCCCUUACUCUUCUUCCUCGUCCCCCACCUCCCACUGUAAAUGAUUAUAAAUACUUGUUUGGUGACGUAGUGUUUCUAGACUCAGAGCAUCUUAAAGGUUGUCCCUAAAAAGUGCCUUUUGUUCACAGACUCCAUCUAAUGUAAUCCUGAGUGCCCAAAAAAAAAGCGUUCCCCUCCUUCAUACUUCUUCUUCUUCUUCUUCUUCUUCUUCUAUAUCUUCCUCUUCUUAAAGCAGUAUACAUAGUACUAAAGGAAAUUGGUGUGAUUUAGUUCCUCUUUUUAUUGUUGAAUAAUUAAGAAAAGAGUAAAAAAAUAAUAAAAAAAAUCUGUCUUGCUUCUCUUCCUCUGUGUCUCCUGUCUAUCUUGGACACUGGAUUAGUCUGUAGCCGCUUCCUCUUCCUCCUCCUCUUCCUCCCCCACCUUCCUCCCUUUUCUCUGAACGGCGGGGUUUCAAAGAAAAAGAAAAAAAAAAUGACGCAAAGGUUUUUUUUUGUCUGAGCAGAAUGCAGUUAGCUCACAUGUUAUCCUUGUCUGUACGCUUCACAUUGUAUUACCAUACCCAUGUUCUUCAGCUUCUCCAUUCAGCCAACGCUAAUGUAAGUGAACAAGUUACACCACGGGGCUCUGGGCUGCGCUGCGGCCUCAAGAAAUAGUUCCUCGGGGAGCCACCACCUGGCGGAGGGAUACGAGCACUCGUGGGGGAGCUAAAGCAGGAAUGCUAGUUGUUGUUUGUCAUCCUUUUUUUUAGUUUUAUCUAUUUAUUUUUUUUAUAAUUGAAUUUGGAUUUGCUUUUUUGAUUCCUUUUUAUUUCCGUGUCGUUGUUACCGCGUAUCUUAGGCGGCGGGUCGAGGCUGCGUCGUUGACACCUUCAAUUAUGCACCUUUCUAGUGGUUGAGUGAGACCAGCUAUUUUUUUUAUUUUGUACUUUAUAAAGGAAAAAAUAAAAAGACUUGAAGCACCUUAUAAAGAAGCAGACCGGUUCCCCCAGACAGACCGACGGGCUCAGAUUUAGCACAAUCAAUAAAGAGUAUUCACCGACGCCAUUCGAGUAAAAAAUCGCAGUGUUUGAUUGACCAAAGCGAUAUGGUUUUUAAAAGCUGUGCAAAACUAGUUGGUGAUUUAAAAAAGCACCGUAAAAUUCCACCAGCAAAACAGACAGAUUUUUAUCCUGCAAAAUAAAACAGAGGAUCCUAUAUAUGCAACUUUUUACUUCAAACAAACGAAGCCAGCAGCAGUAUUAUCAAUCAAGCCUUUGACAAGUGAACGCAUCACAGUUUGAGAAGCCAUAUCGGAGAAGAGCAGUAGCUUGGGGCAGGGUGUGUGUGUGUGUGUGUGUGUGUGUGUGUGUGUUCGUUCAGUGUCCGCCCCGGCACGGUUCGCAGAGCCCAGUCGGACCCUGUGGCCGAACCGUCCGCCGUUUUUCUGUUUUAUUCUUUUUUCCUGUUGGUUUUUUCAGACCUUUUUUAGGUUGCUGGGCAGAGUUUAGGUUAAAAGCCCCCACACACAAGGAGUGCUCUUCACCCUCCCCCACCCCCGUCCUCAGCGCACCCCCCAGAGCCCCUGGUGAAAUGCAUGUGUUAAUUACAGUUUCUUUUCCAUAAUAAUAAUAAAACACAGUUUGAAAACACCUUUACCUGAUCGAAUAAAAGGCUGUUCUGGACUGUA